AUGCAGAAUUUCCUGAGGCUGCUGAGGGAACAUGGGGACACCCACUCUCCCCCACAAGAGCUGGUGACCCUUGCAGGCAAGCUAUGUCGGGACCUCCAACACAACCAUGUUCAGGUGCUAUCCUUGGUGGAAGCAAUUCUGGACAGCAAGCACUGUCGGCACCUGCUAGACAAUGCAGAUGUGGCGCUGGUGUGUGCCCAGGUCCUGGUCCAUCAGGAGCAACAAUUUUCAGCUCUCCGGAUUCUAGAGGGGUGUCGGGUGCCAGGAGGCAGCAAGGAGCUUGUACAACUCUGGAAUGACAUUCACUACCACCUGACCAUGAGGAAGCUGGGCAUCACUAGGCUGAGCCCAGUGCAGAAGUUUCGCUGCAGGAAGAGGAACCCACCACCCCCUACUCUCUGCCCUGAGGGCCCUAAGAACCGGAACUUCCCCCCAGAGAUUCGCCACCGUCUGCAGAACUUUGCCACAGGUGUGGGCACUUACCCCAAGAAGGCCCAGUUGGAGAAACUGGCUUUGGAGACUGGCUUGACCCACGAGCAAGUGUAUAACUGGUUCGCCAAUUAUCGGCGACGUCAAAAGGCUUUUUCCCUGAACAAUCAAAGAGCCCAGGAGGCCACUUCAGAAGUCUGCGGUGCAACGAAGAGUGGUCGCGAACCACUGCAGCUCUCAGGAGAAUAUCAUGAGUCUGUGACUGUGUCUCAGUGGUCAGGUGAGCAGUCCAAGGGCUUCUUGGAGUCUGUAAGAGCUAGCCAGGUUGGGAUUGACCAUGGUGUGGCUGUGUUUACUUCAUGGAGUGAGCAGCAACUGGUAUGUUUCUCACAGCCUGAUCCUGUCCCUGCACUCUGCUCCCCUGUGACAAGGCAGGAGCCUUCUGCAUACAGCCCAGCAGUGCCCACAUCCCCCAAACCUGAUGUAGUCACCUUCCAACUGCUCCCUUCUGCCCAUGGUCUCUACUCAUCAAAGCACAUGGUUAUGUUCCCCAGGUCACUGUAUGGAUGUGAAGGGUACCAGGAGGGGCGAAGUUACCAUCCUGUCAGCCUCGCCUCCAUAUGCCCCUCCCCUGACCUGUGCUCGCUGGGUACUAGCAACAACAUGCUUGAUUCCUCUAUGGCCGUCCCUGAGUCAUGGAUGAUGCCCCUUGCACCGUCGUCUUCCAGGGAAGUUUUCCUCUACAAUGGAGAACUGGACCAUAAAAACCAGCUGGACUCUGGGACGAAUCCUGAGGAUGCCACCAUGGCCAUGGCCAUUGCUACUUUCUGUGAUCCCAGUCAUGCAGGAUUUCCUGACCUGCGUGGUAGUUGUUCUCAGAGCUUAUAUCCAGAGAAUGGUCCAGGACUGAGCAGUGGGCUGGCAGCUUCCGCUGCUGGCUCCAAACUUCAUUAUCCCCACAGUUAUCUAGAGGUGACACCAGCCUCAUCUGCCAUGGCAGCACCUGUGUCCACCAUGGAGCUGAGCCAACCCUUGUUCUGUGGCCAGGUGCAGCGGUAUGAUGGCCAGACCUCCCUCCUGUAA